CGGCUUUGGGCCGCUCGUAAGCAGCAGCAGCAGCAGGUCAAUACCGCCUCCUCUCCGCUACAGGGGGAGGCCAUAGCCGCUUCGUCUCCUCUGCCUGCCUGCCUGCAUCCGGAGCGAUGUCGGAUCCGCCACCGCCCCAGCACCACCACCGCAGCAGAUAGCGCCGGCGGCGGCGGCGUCGGCGGCGGGCGUGCGCGAUGAAGAACUUCCUCAGGAAGCUCCACAUCGGCGACUCCGCCGGCGACGGCGCCUCGUCGCCCGCGCCUCCCCUCCCGUCCUCCAAAAAGGGCGGCGGCGGCGGAGCCGGGGGCCACCACGCGUCCUCUGGAAUCUCGAGCUGGCUCAGCUCCGUGGCCGGGCGCCCGCACCAGCCGCAGCCACAGCCGCCUUUGCCGGCGGCUGGGGCGGCAGUGGAGACGGGGGCGGAGGAGCUGGCGCUGGCCUCGUCGCUCGAGGAGAGGAGGGCGGAGGAGGAGGAGACGGCGAGGAGGGACGAGCGGAAGGAGGACAGGAAGAGGGAGAUUGAGAAGCAGGAGAAGCGGGAGGACGAGCUGGAGGAGUACCACAUGCAGCUGGCGCUGGAGAUGAGCGCGCGGGAGGACCCCGAGGCGAUGCAGAUCGAGGUGGCCAAGCAGAUCAGCCUCGGCUCCUGCCCGCUCCAGAGCUCCGCUGCCGAGGUCGUCGCCUUCCGUUACUGGAGUUUCAGUGCCCUUAGCUACGACGACAAAAUAUUGGAUGGUUUCUAUGACAUUUGGGCCACCGGGGGCAAGCCCUCACUGCGAACCAUACCCUCUCUGAUGGAGCUGCAUCAGCAACCUUUUUCUCUUGGAGCUAAAACAGAAGCUGUGUUGGUCAACAGAGCACAAGACUCCGAACUUGUAAACCUUGGGCAGAAGGCACUCAUCAUGGCCGUUGACUUCCGCUCUCAAACUUCACAUUCUGUUGGCCGUGUUUUAAUUCAGAGGCUAGCUAUUUUAGUGGCAAACCACAUGGGUGGGCCAGUUGUUGAUCCAGAAAACGUGCUGUUGAAGCACCAGAAUAUGAGUAGUUCCCUGAGAGCUAGUAUUAGAAGCUCCGUCAUGCCUCUUGGCCGGCUCACAAUUGGCCUGGCUCGUCACCGUGCGCUCCUUUUUAAGGUGUUGGCCGACAACCUUGAUGUUCCUUGUCGACUAGUCAAAGGAAGGCAGUACACUGGAUCAGACGAUGGAGCCUUGAACAUUGUGAAAUUGAAUGAUGGAAGGGAAUACAUUGUCGAUCUCAUGUCAGAUCCGGGUACUCUUAUUGCUUCAGACGGUGCAGACUUGGGUAGAGAAUUUGAAGAAAGUUCCUUUGCAGAUAACCACCAAGGUGACAAAGAUGACGGCAACACUCAGUUAGGAUCUUCUGUUAGUGAACCUUCAAGUUCUGUGUGUGGUUCUUUUGAAAAUGAGUCAAAAGGAUCCACACCUACCAAUAUUGUGGAUCCGUAUUGUGUAAUAACUAGCCAGACUCGUAACCAAGGAUCUUUGCAAUCAAGUUCAUUGGGGGAACUAUCAGCUGACUCACAUGCAAGUGAAAGUUUGCCUAUUAUCAAGGAAUCUAGAAAUGCAGACCAUACCUUGGCUGUGAAGAACAAAGAAAAGCCGAUUGCAGCAAAUAAGUCAUCGUCAAGUUCACCUUCGUCUUCUGAGGUGGGUAGCUCUCCAGCUGUAAGGAGGACGAAGGUGAAAGAUGUCUCAGAGUAUAUGAUUAGUGCUGCAAAAGACAACCCCCAGUUAGCUGAGAAGAUCCAUGCUGUAUUACUAGAAAAUGGAGUUGUGCCACCACCUGAUUUGUUUUCAGAAGAAUCCAGGGAACGACCAAAAGACCUAAUUGUGUAUGACACAUCUCUGUUUCAAACGAAAGGUGAAAUGAUAAAGCGGAUGAAUGAGCUUGAAUCCACAUCACAUGAUGAAAGUGAUCAUGGUCCUUUGUUGCCACCUCAUCCUGGAUAUGAAUACCAAACAAAGGCUGUUCCUUAUCGUCCUAAACCUGUCCAAGGAAUGGGUAUUUAUCACCCCUCAAAUUUCCACGAUAACAUUAAUCCAUCUUUACCUCUGUAUGAAUCAUCUGCACAUGCCCGGGAAUACCCAUUUCAACUUAUAAAGCAAAUGCCUGUUACAGCUGCUGCAGUUGCAACUGCUGCAGUGGUUGCAUCUUCAAUGGUUGUUGCUGCAGCUAAAUCUAACAGUGAUAUUAAACUAGAUGUGCCUGUUGCUGCUGCUGCCACUGCUGCUGCUGUUGUUGCUACAUCCGCUGCUGUUAAGCAAUAUGAAUACAUGGAUCCAGGUUGUCAAUUGAUUACCUUGCCUAGUUCUUCAGAGACAAGUGCACCAGUCCAUAGAGUUGGACCUGACUUCUGGGAUAAAGAUCAGCUGGAAGUUGUUCAUGGACAAGAAAAUGCUCUCGAGCAAGGAAAUGUUUUGGUUGAAGUGCCUCGGGAAGCUGAAAGGAUAUCUGACAAGUCAAUCGGGACAGAGAGUGUAAGAUCUGAUGUGACUAUGGACGAUGUCGCAGAGUUUGAGAUCCAAUGGGAAGAAAUUGUUCUAGGAGAACGUGUUGGGCUAGGAUCUUUUGGAGAAGUGUACAGAGGGGAAUGGCAUGGAACAGAAGUUGCAGUCAAGAAAUUCUUGCAACAAGAUAUUUCAAGUGAUAUACUUGAAGAAUUAAAAGCUGAGGUGCGAAUAAUGAAGAGACUGCGGCAUCCAAAUGUUGUUCUUUUUAUGGGAGCUGUCACUCGUAUACCCAAUCUUUCUAUCUUGACUGAAUUUCUUCCGAGAGGUAGUUUGUUUCGGUUGAUCCGUCGCCCCAACAACCAGUUGGAUGAAAGAAAACGUAUAAGGAUGGCACUUGACGUGGCCCGUGGAAUGAAUUAUUUGCACAAUUGCACCCCUGUUGUAGUUCAUCGAGAUUUGAAGUCACCGAAUCUACUUGUUGACAAGAAUUGGGUUGUGAAGGUUUGUGAUUUUGGUUUAUCACGUAUAAAGCACAAUACCUUCCUUUCCUCAAGAUCCACGGCUGGAACAGCGGAAUGGAUGGCACCAGAAGUGCUUCGAAAUGAACCGUCGGAUGAGAAAUGUGAUGUUUUCAGCUAUGGGGUUAUAUUAUGGGAACUUUGUACCUUGUUACAGCCAUGGGAAGGUAUGAAUCCCAUGCAAGUGGUUGGAGCUGUUGGUUUUCAGGAACGACGCCUUGAUAUUCCAGCCGAGGUGGAUCCUGCCAUAGCAGAGAUAAUAGAGAGAUGCUGGCAGACAGACCCAAAGACGCGUCCAUCAUUUUCAGAGAUCAUGGCUGCCUUAAAACGAGUAUUGAAAAAAUUGUCUGCCAACCAACCACGAAGACAGCGAAUACAGGAAACAGAUGACUAAGAAAAACCAGAGAUCAACAUCAGCUGAUAACAGAAACCAAAAAGGAUGCAUUGGUUUUUCCUGCCGUCCGCCAGCUGUCCAUCUGUAACUAUACCAUUCUUUGUAUAGCUCCAACAAAUGCUUGCCAAUGGUGGAAAAGGUGUGAUUUUGGUCGUUUUACCCUUCAAAGACAGCUGUAAAUUUUCCAGUGAAGCUGGCAGAAAUCUGUCGAGCAUUACUGCUUCAGUCCAUCUAUCGGGUGGAAGACAAUCCAAAAAAUAAACACAUCCAUCAAGCAAAGGAAAAAGAAGAAAGAAAGUUCCUGGACAGUUACUGCACAAUGUGAUGUUGGGCAAUGUCAUAACGGAGUGAGACUUCAGAGUCGGCGUGUCAGGUAGAAUGGGAUCCUCCCUUGUUUAGUUAUGUCUUUAGUUUCCAGCCAAAGUUGGAUGAUUCAUGUUUAUUCAACAGAAAGAUGCUAUUGAUACGUUCACCUUGAGCAUCAAGAGGCACCGUCGCCAGGGCCUUGUGUAUAUCACACUAUGGCAAAUUUGUCCGAAUUGGCAGUUAGAUUUCCAAAGAGAAAUCUGCUGUUUGUGCUAAAACCACUAUUCUUUACAGCAGCAGUGUUGACGCUUUUUUUCUUCUUUUUUUCUUUUUGCUGUAACAAGUGUACAAAAAUGUCCCAUAGAGUAGGGUGCUAAUUGACAAUUUGGUGCAAAAUGAACUGUAUGCAUUUACCCCUGAA